GAGUGUGUGCCUAUCUGAGUGUGUAUACAUGUGUUAGUUUGCUGUGUUUUAGCACCAUUCUUCUCUCUCCCAGGCCUAUUCUCUUCUACCAUGAGAGAACUUUCUAGUAUGUCUCAUGACGGACCCAAAUGGAUUGUUCUGGACGGGGACAUAGACCCCAUGUGGAUCGAGUCCCUCAACACUGUGAUGGACGACAACAAGGUGCUGACGUUGGCCAGUAAUGAGCGUAUUUCUCUGACCACCUCCAUGCGCCUGGUGUUUGAGAUCAGUCACCUCAGCGCUGCCACCCCGGCGACCGUCUCCAGGGCGGGCAUCCUCUUCGUCAACCCCCAGGACCUCGGCUGGAGCUCGUGAGUGUCAUGGAAAGUCACAUUUUGAACAUGCUACAUGCUUUUACUCAUGCAAAAAGGCAGACCCC